GGAGGGAUUGGUCGUCGGAAAUGGCCACUGUGAGGAAAAACACAGUCGAAUAGUUUCGGUUAGCUCACAGAAAACAUGUUCUGCAAAGUGUAGACGGCUUGAGCUAGAGGGACGAGGGAAGAAAAGUCCGCUUUGAAGAGCUGUGCAGACAACAGGUGAUCCGGCACAGGAGGCUUUACCUGAGAGACAGAUUUGAAUAUUUAUAGUUAAGAGAAGUGACUAAGGAAGAUGGUUUUCUAUGGCUAUGCAAGCCUUUUCAAUCGCGAUCUUAUCUAAGUAACGUAAAUAGCCUAAAUUCCCGUGGAUCCGCCAGUAUGUAUGAGGGGAACAGCAGCGGGCUCAUCAGCUCUGAGGAACACUGUAAAGAUGAACCUGUGGGAGAAGCAGCUCUGCCCUCAGAGGAUUCAGACGGUGAGGCUUCAGGCAAUAAUGUAAGAACCUCAGAUUCCCCUAAAAGCAGGAUAGCGAGCCAGUUCCGCUCGAAUCUUGAGGAGCGACUGUCAAGACAUGGGGCUCGACCCGUGUCUCCUGCGUUCAGCGCCUCCUCGAGAAGAUCCAGAUUUCACAAACAGCUGGAGGAGCGGGGCAGCAGCGCCUCCCGCAGACAAACAGCUGAUGCGCUGGAGAAGGGCUCCCUCACCCCCUCUAUGCGAAAGAAGUAUUUGAAAGAGCUGUUUCUGAAUAAUAAAUCUGGAUUUUCAAGCAUUUUAUCAUCCAAACACGAAUCGUCAGAAGCAGAGGAGGACACUUUGAACAGCGGUGCCUUCUGGGCUUUGGAUCCUAUGGAGCACGCGUGGAUGCUUUCUGCUGUGGAUGGAAAUUAUGACACCAUGCUGGAAUUUCUCGCUGAAGAUCCCAGUUUAUUGAGCAGAAAAGACUUUAUCAGUGGUUUCACGGCUCUCCACUGGUUGGCCAAAAAUGGAAAGGACGAGACGCUGAUUCAGCUUCUCAGGCAUGCAGAGAAAGAGCGGCUGUCGGUGAAUGUGAACUUGAGAGGGAGUGGAGGUCUGACACCUCUUCAUGUGGCUGCCAUGCAUAACCAAUACAUGGUUGUGAAGGCUUUGGUCGGUGCAUUCAGUGCUAAUAUAGAUGUCUUGGACUACAGUGGGAAAAGAGCGUGGCAGUAUCUCAAAGACAAUGCACCUAGAGAAAUGAAGGAGCUUCUGGGAGCUUGGGAUGAUGAACACUCUGUAGGGCACUUAAAUGUGAAUAACAGUGCGAGUCAAGCACAGCCAGAUGAAGACCAUACUCAAGAAGAUAGAGUCGAGGUGGAGGGUUCAGGAGGAAUCACACGCCAGCGAUUCUCAUCAUUCAAGAGGCUGUUAUACAACGCUGGUCUGCUUGAAAAUAUCUGAGACUUUGCCAAAAUCAUGUUUUUCAGGUCAUUGUUAUACAAUUAAAAUUUGCUCCUUUAACAAAAUUUGUAUGGUUAAUGAUGUGGCACCUCUUAACUUGAUAACAGUGCUGUGUAUUAUUUGAUGAAUUUUAAUCUUUUCAAUUAACUGAGCUGCAAGGAACUUAUUACCAAUGUUUCAUUAAUAUAUAUACACACACACACAGUGGUUAUAGACAGAUAGAAAAGAAUAAUCACGCUUUAAACUAAAGUUAGUAGAGACAUACCACUAACGGACUAAAGGUUGUAAUUAAAGCAAAAGGAGGUGAUCCUAUUUCCAACUCAGUGAUUGUUUUCUUUAAAAAUAAAAAUAAAAAAUUUCUCUCUUGUUGGUGUUGUAUCUUUCACAUGGAUGUUAAAUACAGCUGGAUAAAACAAAAACUGUGUCCAU